AUGUUACAGUUAUUAAAAAAAUUAUAUAUUGCUUUCAUCAUUAUUUUUUUCUUUCAAUGGAAAAUAACUAGUUCUCUUAAUAAUCGUCAUUUUAAGAUUAGAAAAUACAACACAAAAAUAUUAAGUGACUUCUUAAACUUAGAUACAAGAUUAUUGAAUAAUUAUGCGUUUUUAAAAACUUAUAAAAAAAAAAAAAUUUUAUCAAAAACAAAAAAGAUAAGAAGUAUUAAUGAAAAUGAAGAGGAUAAUCUUGGGGUUGAAAUAGAAGAUCUUAUAAAAGACAUAGAAAAGGGCAAAUUUGGUGAGGAUUCCUUAAAAUUGUUUAGGAAAAUUGAAAAUAGAAGCAAAAUAAAAGAGGAAGAAGAAAAGAAGAGAAUGGAAAAACAAGAAAAAGAAAUAAAUAUGUACAAAGUAGAUGAUGUAAUAAAGAACACAGAUGAUAAGUUAAAAAAAUGUGUUAGAAGUGCAUUCUCUAGUACUGAUAAAAGUGAAAUAGAAGAUCCUGAUAUAAAAAAAGAGCACAAUAUUAUGAACAAAAUUGGUGAAACAUUCGAUGAAGUAAUGGAUGAUAAUUACCCAAAUGAAGAAUUAAAUAUCUCAAAAAUACAUAAAAAAAUUAAUUCUAUGAAAGAUAACUUAGAUAAUCCAUUUAAAGAUGCUGCUAAAACUUUGUUAAAGUAUAAAGGUUUGUUGCAUAUACCAUUUGAAAAAAAUCUUUUAUUAAAUAAGAAUUACUUCCAUUGGAGAGAAUCAUUGGAUUAUAUAGAGUGCUAUAUUCCUAUUUUUCAUGAAACUAAUAAUAAGGAUAUAGUAUUUUAUUUUAAAAAUGAUUAUAUUAAGUUGGAAAUUAUUAGAGAUAGUGAUAAAAUACUUUUAUUAGAUCAUAAGUUAUGUGGAAAAAUAGAUUAUGCUGAUACGUAUUGGGUAAUAACUAAUGAUUAUAUAGUUAAUGAAAAACACAUAAAUUUAAUUAUGCCUAAAUUAGGAAAUUAUCUUUAUAUAUGGGAAAAACUUUUACAAGAAUAA